AAGUCAAACCCGAGAAGGUGAAGAAAGAAAGGAUAAUCAGAGGAAUCGAGAAAGUAGAUUGAACAGAAAAACAGUCAGGGACGGUCUGAUAGACGGCAAGAUGGGGCUGUGCUUUGGUUGCUUCGGCGGAGGCGACAAGCGAAUGACCAAAGAAGAGGAGAGAUUGGCCUCUGAAGAAGCUCGCGCUAACGCCGCCGCAGCCGCCCAGAGAAGGCAAGAACAAUUUGAUAAUUCAGCGGCAGGACGAGCUGCACGUGCACAGCAACAGGCAAUGGCAAAGCAAUCUGCAAACACCAACAAAGGCGAGCCAGUUCUAAAGUGGCAGAUGGGUUGAGGUUCAGGAAUUGUCUGUCACAAUGUCAAAUUCCUUGUAAGGUGAGGUGAAUAAUCAAUCUGAUCAAAUUUAUGUGGCCUGUUGUUUGGUUGUACAUGUUUGUUCAGUUAGUUCAGUUCUGAUAAAAGGAACUCAAGUUUUUCCAAUGGAAGAAUUCAUUGAGACAAUCGGCAUUAAUAUUUUAAUGAUUCCAUCCUCA